CUCGCAACGCAGAGAUCCGUGGCGCGCAUUGCGAAAUACGGUCGCGCUGUGGCGUGUCGUCUGGCCACCACCACUCGCCACUGCUAUCACAGAGCACGAUUGUGCUCGACGUGCACGUCACGCGCUUUUAAUCGGUGACAUUUCUCUUAAAUUGUGCUGCGCGUGCUAAUCACAAUGGUGGGCUUCCCCAAAGACAUCACCGACCCUGAGAACGUUCAGCCUCUGAAGACCACCGCCGCUGCUAAAACCGGCACCGGCAAUCCGGGACCGGCGCAGGCCCUCGACAACCUGCGGAAGGCGACCAAGCCGCCCAACACGUUGACCAUGGCCGUUGAUGCCGUGCGGGAGCUCGCCGGACGCAGAGGGGUCUCCGUGAUUGCCAUCCGCUCCCAUGUCGUCAGUUCUCACCCGGACGUGGACCAGGUCCGGCUAAAGCGACUGCUCAAGAACGCCCUCGCUAAAGGCUUGGCCACGGGAGUUCUGGUGCGCCCUAAUGGGGUCGCCCCGGAGAUCUCGCCGGCUGUCGGUCGCUACAAGCUCGGGAAGCCGGUUGCAACAAACGCCAAGAAGCUGAAGUUGAAGGCUGCUGUAGUUGACAAUGUGGAAGAGGCCCUCGUGGAGGCCCGACCAGUCGCCACCAAAAAGGCGACGGCUCCGAAGGCUCCGAAGGCGGGAAAAGCUUCAGCAGCUGUGACAGUCGACGCAUCCACCAAGCGUGCAAAAAAACAAAAGGUCGACUUGGAACUCGAAGCCGCCACCGCCUCUUCAACCAACACAACCAAAUUGAAACCCGCCAAGCCGAAGAAUACAACAGUCGAGAAGAAGAAGGUCGUGAGAAACCGCAACUCCCUGGGCAUUCUGACGCUUGGCUCCAAAAACGCGGGCAAGGCGGUGCAAUUAAAUGCCAAGGCACCUCGAGCCAAGAAGACGACUGCAAGGCAAGGAGCCAAGGUUUUGCCUGCGGUUGUGGAGGCUGAUGGUGAUGAUGAGAGCCAUGGCACGAAAGAUGCGAAAGUGCCCAAGAAGACCAAAACCAAGGUAGUGAAAACUGCAGUGGUAAAGUUUAACGCUGAGGCUAAGGAUAAAAAGCCCAGGGCUGUUGCCUCCAAAAAGGAAACUGCAGCAAAAAAAACAAAAGCUGAACAGAAGCCGGUGGCCUGAGCAACAGGAGCCAGUGCUUGAUGUUCGGUGAAUUUCAACGCGUGUAGUUUUUAAUUGCACUAAAACAUGGUUGGUAUCCAGAUCUUAAUUUUGUAAUUGUUUAUUUUGACUUUAAUAAAAACUUCAACUUUU